AUGUCACGUGACACGACAUUUGAGCGUGAUAAAAUGGUCCAAGCCUUUUCUCUUGGCCUGUCAAGUCAGAAAUCCUGUCAACACAAAGAAGCUAUAAAACAUUUCAAGAAAACCCUAAGAAUUGCACGAAAGAAUGGAUUCAAAAAUGAUGAAGGAAAAGCACUUAACAACUUAUCAUUAUCUAUGAGGUCUCUCAGAAGAUACGAAGAAGCAUUUGAUUUUAUAGAGCAAGGCUUGAAGCUAGCCACAGAAAUUGGUGACAAGGCAUUGGAGGGAGACAUGCAAAACAACCUUGGGGCUCUUUACACAGAACAAGAAAUGCCAAGUUAUGGUCUGAAAUAUUUGAAACAAGGGUUUGAAAUUGCUGCAAAACUUGGAGACGAAAAAAGAGUAGCAUUAUCUUAUCUUAAUCUUGCAGGUGCAUACACUUCCAUGUGCAAUUAUGAUAAUGCUGUGAAAUGUUGUAAGAAAAGUAUWGAACUUUCCACACAACAAAAUGAUGAAAAACUUCUAGGAGAUUCCUACAAUAAUCUUGCUCUGGCAUACACAAGCCUAGGGAAAUAUCAUAAUGCAAUUGUUUGUGGAGAGAAAUCUCUUGCAAUAGCUAAAAAGUUGGAUAAUAAGAAAGAUCAAGCAAAUACAUUGCUUCAGUUAGCCAAACUACAUCAUAACAUCUGGAACUUUGAAAAGAGUUUAGACCUUGACAAACAAAGUCUUUCCAUAGUGCAAGAAAUUGGUGACAAAAGUUUGCAAGCGAAAUGCUUGGGAAAUAUUGGAUUGCAUAUGAAUGUGUGUGGAAGAUAUAAAGARGCCUUGCCCUACCAUUURMAAUGCUUAAAGCUUGCUCAAGAGAUGGAAGAUAAAAAAACACAGGCCUCAGCCACUUGUAGUAUUGGUAAAUGUUACAGAGAACUUAAAUCACUACAAGAAUCAAGUCAUAUCUACAGUAUAAGCUUGAACAUUGCCAAAGARAYUGGUGACAAAGAAGCAGAAGCUUYAGCUUACUGGAACCUUGGUUKGAAUCAUUACCAUGAAGGUGAUUUUCAACAAGCUAUUUGUUGCCAAGAUAAAAGCUUAAGURYUGCCAUGUUUAGUGCUAAUAAACACUUGGAGAGCAAUGCAUGCUCUKCAUURGGUAAAGCAUUCCAUAGYCUAGCUAAACAAAAYAAAGAUGGUGAAAUAUAUACMGAUAACUUGGUCAAAUCAGAAUAUUAUUURAAAAGGGCAUUWGARUGUCGAGAUCAUMUUUUCAAAAAUCUUGAGCAACAGGAUCAAUUAAAAACCAGUUUUGGUGAUCAAUUUCGUUUCAUUUCCAAGCUCCUAGUGUCUAUUCUCAUUGAAACUGGUCGAAYUCAAGAAGCUCUACUUAUCUCUGAUCAUGGYCGAGCUCGUGCUUUGGGAGAUCGUUUAACCUUUGAUUAUGGCUUGUCUCAAGAAGAGUAUGUAUCACCCAAACAACUCACAUAUCCUSAUGUUGAAGCAGUURUUUCAGAUGGUACUUUUACACUYCUCCAUUAUUGCAUACUURAAGGAGGUGAUGUUGUCUUGGCUACAGGAAAGGAUUCAUUAAAUCURGUGAAGUUAGUGUACCAGCAAGAAUUCAUACCUAAUGCUGUUUUACAGGGCAAUGAAGAUAUUGGCAAUGCUCAAAGUCUGAUCUUUGGUGCUGCAAUGUCGAAACUGUAUACCAUGAUGGACAUUGGAAGCAUGAGAUGUGAAAACAGAUCCCUUGAUUUGUAUAUGCAGGCAAAUGUUCAUCAGAAAAGAAGUGAUCUACCAGUAUCUUUGCCACAUGGAGAUGACAGUGGACAAGAGUUUGAUCCACUUGAGGUGMUUUUCAAUURUUUUAUGGCCUCUGUGUCAACUUUUGUACAAAGCGAGGAAAUUGUCAUUGUACCUGAUGGACCAAUGUAUGGAGUACCAUUUGCUGCUCUCAAAGAUCCAGUCACUGGACAAUAUCUGUCUGACACCAAACGCAUYCGCAUUGCACCAUCAAUAGCAGUAUUGAAACUUCUACGAGAAUGCCCAACAGAUCAUCACAGUCAACAUGGAGCGUUGAUUAUUGGAGAUCCCAAAGUUGGAGAGGUUAUCCUUAGGGGCAAGAAAACUACACUGCCUCCUUUACCAUGUGCAAGACAUGAAGCAGAAAUCAUUGCACGCAUACUGCGCAGGCAACCAUUGACAGGAGAGGCAGCAACCAAGGAUGAAGUGUUAAAAAGGCUACAAGAAGGAGCAGCAUUGAUUCACAUUGCUGCACAUGGAAGCUCUGAUAAUGGUGAAAUUGCCYUWGCACCAAAUCUCUCACCAAACAGACAAGGGCCMCCWGAAGAAAAAGACUACCUUCUUACAAUAAAAGAAGUUCAAGAAACUGGUGUCAGAGCUAAGCUAGUUGUGCUAAGUUGCUGUUACGGUGGACGUGGAGAAGUAAGGGCGGAGGGUAUGAUUGGCCUAUGCCGGGCCUUUCUYGUGGCAGGAGCUCGUGCUGUUGURGCAUCUUUAUGGGCGRUAGAUGACAGUGCAACAUUCAGCUUCAUGCUGAGUUUUUAUACCAAUUUGAAUCGAGGAGAAAGUGCAAGUGUAAGCCUUAAUAAAGCCAUGAAGGAGAUAAGAAAUGAAGGRUACAGUGAACCCAGGUACUGGGCUCCUUUCUUUCUUAUUGGUGAUGAUGUCACUUUACGGGACAAAAACUAAUGUAAGACUGUAAGCAUAUCAAGAAAUGUGUCUUGCAAGGUGUCUGCAAAUUCAUUUCUACUGAAUGACAAUAAUAAGCACAGGAAUAUCACUUUGUGUCUAACACAUAACUUUUCCUUGACUUCUUUGCUUCAAGCAAAUUCAACGACUAUCCAUAAAAAACUGUAAAAAAUAAAAAUGAAUUUCACUAUUUUAGCUUAGAACAUGAGAACAGCAUGAACUAUUGUAGCAAUUUUAUUUUGUAGAAAUAAUCCAUUUCUGCAUUAAUGGCACAUUUUUUGAAAAAGUGUUUCUAUAUUUUCUUUUGUCCUUUCACUAUCUUGUGGUUGUUUUGUCAUGUUUGUCCUAAUGACAAUGUUUCACAGUAUUAUAAAUCUGUAUGAAUAUAAUUACAGCUUGCUUUGUUUGAUGGUUGUAGACUAGAAGUUAUGCAAUAUAUUAUAUCAACCACUAUAAUUGUUAUUGUAACAGUAUCAAUAUGAUAUUUGUGGCUUUGUAUGUUUUCUGUACAUGUCUUACAAGUCAUUGAAUCGUGACAUUGCCUAAAGAGAGAGAGAAAAAAAAGAACAUCUUCAGCAAAGUUAUGUACAUGUAUAGAACUAAUAGCAACUCCAUUUUAUAAUAUCUAGAUGUAAUAGUACAAACACUCUGAUUGGUCUAAAA